UUGAAAUGUGUGUGUGUAGCCCGCUGCUCCCCUCACAGCCAGAGAAGCCGCGGCCGGAGAGAGGAGCUGCCACAGUAACACAGUCUGUAGAGCUGAGCAGGGAACCAACAAGAGAGCUCAGAGUGUGCAGGCAGAGAACCCAACCAUACAGACACAGACAGAGAGAGAGAGAGGACGGGACGAUUGACGUCUCUCUGGUUCAGUCCAUUUCUUUCCACUUUUGUAACUUUUCACAUCUUUAUAUAUUUUCUUUUUAAGUUUUUUGGAUUUUUUUUUCUGCUGUGCUGUUGCAAUGCUUGGAACAAUUACUCUAACAGUGGGGCAGCCCGACGGUGUGUCCGUGGUGCAGAGCGAAGACGCCCCGGAGACCAUGGACUCUGCCGUCACCAAGGACGAGACGGCUCCCCACGCCAAUGGGGAGAAGGCCGACAACGAGCCGGCCGACGCCCAGGACAUCUCCAUCGUGGAAGAGAAGGUGUGUGAGGAGAAGCAGCAGGAGGAGGCCAACGAAGUAGGUUUCAAGAAGAUCUUCCGCUUCGUGGGCUUCAAGUUCACCCUGAAGAAGGACAAGAAUGAGGAGAAGGAUCCGGUCAAACUACUGAAGGUCAAGGAGAAGGACGGAGACGCCGUCGAGGACGACGCGGCAGAGAAGGUCGCCGAAGAGCCGGCCGAGGCGACGACCGUGACCGAGGAGAAGGAGGAGGAGGCGAAGGCGGCCCCGCCGGCAGGGGAUGACGCCGAGGACACGGACAAGACUGAGGUUCCGGCAGAGGGUGCUGCCGCCGAUGCCGUGGAUGAAACCUCCAAGGAGGAAGCAGUCGAGAAGGAGAGCAACCCGCCAUCUCAGGAGGCCACUCAGUCUUCCUUCAGGAAGCUCCUAUCAGGAGGCCUCUUCUCCAACUUGCGGAAGAAAGCUAGCAUUAAGAAAACCAAAGAGGAGGAGGAGAAGGAGAAGGAGACCACCGCAGAGGAGGAGAUCAAGGAGGGCGACGAGACGGCUGAGGCGCAGAAAGAGGAAGGAGAGGAGGCCAAAGUGGAGGCAGAGACCAAGGAGGAGACACCAGCAACGACUACUGAGGAGGCCAAACCAGAACCCACCGCCGAGGCGGAGGGCAACGAUGAAACCCCAGCUCCUGCAGAAGAUAACGCAGAGGAGGAGAAGCCAGAGGCUGCGGAAGAAGAGAAGCUUACUACAGAGACGGAACUGCUCUCAUCCCAGGAGAAGGUCAAGACCCAUGGAAGCCCGCUGAAGAAGCUGUUCAAUGGCGCCGGCCUGAAGAAGCUCUCCACCAAGAAGAACAAAAGUAAGAAAGAGGCUGAGGCGAAACUCACCGAGUCCACGGAGCAGGCAGCCGAGCUCCAGACCUCCACUGAGUCUGAAGAGGCUCCGAAGGCCGAGAGCGGGCCCUCAUCUCCAGAGGAUUCUGGGGAGCACGCCGUAGAUGGAGAGGCCAGCACGAUCGAGUCCAGCCAGGAGACCGAGGGAGAAGUCACCUCGGAUGGGGAGAAGAAGAAGGAAGGCAUCCUUCCCUGGUCUUCCUUCAAAAAACUGGUGACCCCCAAGAAGCGAGUGAAGAAGUCUUCGGAGAGUGACGAGGAUGCCGCAGCAGAGAAGGUGGCCAAGUCGGCCACUCUGUCCUCCACUGAAAGCGCAGUGUUUGAAGAAAAGGCUAACGAGGAAGAGCCCAAGGAGGAAGUGGCGACGGAGGAGGAACCAAAGACCGAAACCACAGAGAAACUUGUGAGCAGCACCGAAGAACCCAAAAAGAAGAUGGACACCUCCGUCUCCUGGGAGGCUCUAAUGUGCAUGGGUGGGCCCAAGAAGAGGACGAGGAAGACCUCUGACUCGGACGAGGAAGAUGAGACCAAGUUGGAAGAGGAGCCAACCCCGGCCGUAGCAGAGGAAGAGCAGGAGGCUAAAGUGGAAGAGUCCCCCAUCGUCACCUCCACAGAGACGGAGCCAGAGGAGGAGGUGCUACCAGUCGAUGCAGCAAACCAGACGGAAAAAGAGUCUGCAUGGGACACACUGAAACGCUUUGUCUUCGCAAAGAAUAAGCCCAAACUGGAAGAGAAGGCAGAGGACUCCCCCGAGCAGGGUAACUCCGAUGGCGAAGUGCAGAAAGAGGAGUCGUCGUUCUCUCUGAGAAAGCUGUUCCCUGGACGCAAGAAGAAGAAGGCUGACCAACAAGCCUCCGGCGAAGGAGGUUCCGGCGAGGAGGACUCUGACACACCUGCUGUUGUACCUCUCUCAGAGUACGACACCGAGCAAACCGAGACCAAACAGGAGGAAAUGUCAGAGCCAGCCAUCACUCAGGCCCAAGCCUCUGUUGAGGAAAGGGCUCCCUCCUGGAUCGCAGCCAUCGUCGAAGACGGUGACGGCAAACACGACCAGCUGAGUGACAUCCCAGAAGAGGCCGACAACGCCGCCACACCGAAAUCCGCAGACACCACCAUUGAAGAAGAAGACGAGGAACACCCGUCAUUGCCUCCCACCACUAGGGCAACCCCACAAAGACGUAUGUCCCUCGCUGAGGAAAAGCCUUUCGUCCCGGCCGUAUCCAUUGUCACCACGCCCGUUCCUACGGGCCCCGCGUCAGAGGUUGCAGAGAUGGUUCUGGAGGCUGCGGUGGAACAGAUCAGUGUGGCUCCUUGCCAGACAUCGGUGACUGUUGAAGAAUUACCAGUGGAGGAAGUCAGUGUUGGUACCGAGGAGGAAAUUGAGAAUGAGCAUGCUGAAUUGAAGAACAAUACCAUUCUGGAGCCACACAACAUUGAGGAGGCCAUGGCCAUUUGCACCGGUCUGGGAACCAAGGAUAUCGCGAAAGUGGCUGUGGAGAAGCCAGUGACGUCUACUAGUGAGUGCUUGACUGUGAUCAGCGACUCGUUGUGCACAGAGGUUGCUCUGGAGGAGAUGCCAGCUGACAUCGAGGUGGCAGUAGCAACAGAAGAUUCCAUCUCUGAGGCACAAGUGCAGCAAGUUGAAGCUACCGAGCUCGAGUCUUCCAUUGAGUUCCUUUCUGACAUCCCGGAAGUUGAACUCGCCACCAAGUGCGAGGAGCCAGAGACCGAGCAGACCGCAUUGAUUGCAUGUCGUCCAGAACCGUCUGAGAUCGUCAAGGCCGGGGAGCUUGACGAAGACACCCCUGAGGUUGUGAACCUGAUGGCACCCACCAUGGAGACAAACGUCUCCAUGGAGAUUGUAGAGAUCACCCAUCCAGCUGUGGAAAUUAAGGAAGAAGUGGUGGAGUUGGAUCAGUUUGUGGCCGUCGGAGAGAACACACCGGUACAAGAGGUUGUUCAAGUGGUAACCCAACAGAGUAUCACUAUUGAAAACACCAGCACCGAAAACAUCAUUGUGGAGUAUUCUCCUUGCGUGGACCUAGAAGAAGUGGAGAUUAAAGCAGAUUUGGAGGUUUCAGAUGAAGAAAUUAUUGAAGAAGUAUUGGUCAAGGAAGCUGACACACCGGUCCAAGCUGUUCUUGGAGUCACCAUGUUGGAGACCUGUAACAACUUAUCUGAAGAAGACGGACAGGAGACGGAGGCACAUGUCAUUGAGGAGCAAAGCAUCGUCAUUGCCCGAGUUGUCAUUGAGACUGCCAUGGACCAGGUUUUGGAGGCUCAGACCGAAGCCCCAAAGCCUGCUACUCCCCCCCCCACUGAGGAGGAAAGCUCCACACCAGUCCAGGCCUUGCUUUCAACCGAAGAGGCCAUUGAAGAGAACACAGAGAAGCCCAUCAUCACUGAACCCCCCGUCGCACUCAUCUGCACCGCACCAAAAGUCAGCAUAACACAGUCACCCAUGGUGCUGUGCUCGGCCAUCCAGGUCACCAACGUUGUGUCUGUCGAAGAAGCAGAGAGCCUCGAUGGACCUGCAGGGAUUGAACAAGAGCCCACCGCCGAACUCCAGCAAGCCAUGGAAGUGAACACAACCGCAAGUGAGGAGCUCAUUGAAGAAGUGGUUGAAUUGGAGUCUGAAAUUCUGCCGGCCGAAGAGCCCAAAGAGGCCAAGAACGAAGAAAGCAAAGAGGAAGUGGAAGCCACGCCUUGCCCCGCGGUCCACAUGCCAGUGAUGGUGGUGCUGCAGUCGGCGACGGUGGUGGAGGACACGCCCUUAGAGGAAGAAGCAGUGGAAGAGUUUGGCAACAACGGGCCAGCUCUGGUCCAAAACCAAGAUGCAGAACCUAAAUGCGAGGAGGCCGUGGGCGCCGCUUUGCCGACGUUGCCGGAGGAGCCACAGACACCAGCGGUCUCCACAGAGGUGACCGCCCCCGACCAGGAGGUCCCAGCAUCAGCAGCCGACACCAAGGAAGAGGAAGAGAGGGCGGUGGCAGCUGAGAGGUGUGCAGAGGUGAUGGCCCAGGUGAAUGAGGUGAUCGAGGAAGCUGUGAAGGAGAUUGAACCCAUCUCUUCAGAGAUCACAGCUGCGUCGUGAGCAGGAACAGCUGCGAGAUGCCUGGGAGACCACAGCUCUGCACCAGAAGUGGGUGACGAGAGAGAGAGAGAGAGAGAGAGAGAGAGAGAGAGAGAGAGAGAGAGAGAGAGAGAGAGAGAGAGAGAGAGAGAGAGAGAGAGAGAGAGAGAGAGAGAGAGAGAGAGAGAGAGAGAGAGAGAGAGAGAGAGAGAGAGAGAUGGGAAGAGAGAGAGAGA